UCUAUCGCUGUAGGAUUUGGCUAUUAUCGAGGAGCCAAAGCUAUCCUUUACCAAGCAAUCUUGUUACGACUUUUGCAAUUGGCACCAGGGCUCAAGGAUGUGGAGUUGAUCAUAUCUGACUUUGAAAAGGCGGCCCUCAAAGCUUUCCGAUUGGUUUUCCCUCGAGCCAGGAUACAAGGUUGCUGGUUUCAUUUCAUCAAAGCCAUGUCAGGUGACUGGAAAAAGCUAAGUCUCCAAAAUGCUCCAUCUGAACCAAAACUCAUAGCACAUUCCCUGGCACUAUUACCACCCCAUCUCAUACCUCUUGGAGUUCAAAUUGUGAAAGACGUAUGUGCUUUAUACAAUGGAAUUUUCCCGAAGCUCAACGUAUGGUCUAAUUAUAUCCAAAACGAAUGGGGAGGAAAACCAGAAGUGGUGUCAGUGUUUGGUUCGUGCAUUAGAACCAACAAUGAUUCAGAAGCAUUCAAUCGCCACUUCACUGCUAGAGCUGGUGAUCGGCACCCACGAGUUUAUGCAUUUAUUCGAAAUCUGCAAGAUGUGAUUCAAAAUGAGGUGAUUAAUCUGCAACAUUUAGAAGGAAAUAUCCCUGUCGUUAAAGUAAAAAACCUGGAGGAAAUGUUCAAUAAAAAUAUGAAUAUCAUCAAAGCCCAGCAGAGUCUCUCGUCAACCAGGCCCAGUCCACAAGGUGUAUAUAAUUUCAUGAAGCAGCUUCUACCUCCACAGUUAUCGAAAAUAAUUGAUGAGGAAAGAUUGAAAUUAUCGCAGGGAAAUGUGACAAAGACAACCUUCAUGAAGAAGUCAAAGAAGAGGACUGCUGUAAAAUCUUCUGUCGAGGAGGAGGAGGAGGAGGAAUAUGGAUGCAAAGCGUUUUUAUUUCUAUCAAGCAAAUAUCAGAAAAUUAGAUAA